AUGGCGAUGGUGGACCAGCCUCUGUAUCCGAUUGCCGUUUUGAUCGACGAGCUGAAGAACGAGGACAUUCAGCUGCGGUUGAACUCGAUCCGACGGCUCUCCACGAUCGCGCGCGCGCUCGGCGAGGAGCGCACGCGGAAGGAGUUGAUUCCGUUUCUCAGCGAGAACAACGACGAUGACGAUGAAGUGCUUCUCGCAAUGGCCGAGGAAUUGGGCGUGUUCAUUCCCUACGUCGGAGGCGUGGAACACGCCAACGUGCUUCUUCCUCCGUUGGAAACGCUCUGCACCGUUGAGGAAACUUGCGUCAGAGACAAAGCGGUGGAGUCGUUGUGUAGGAUUGGAGCUCAGAUGAGGGAGCAAGAUUUGGUUGAACACUUCAUUCCUUUAGUUAAGAGGCUGGCUGCUGGCGAGUGGUUCACAGCACGAGUUUCAUCCUGUGGUUUGUUCCAUAUUGUUUACCCUAGUGCGCCGGAGGUGGUGAAGACUGAACUGAGAGCCAUAUAUGGCCAGCUCUGUCAAGAUGAUAUGCCCAUGGUUAGAAGAUCUGCUGCCACAAACUUGGGAAAGUUUGCUGCUACUGUUGAAGCUCCUCACUUGAAAUCAGACAUCAUGUCUGUGUUUGAGGAUCUUACACAGGAUGAUCAAGAUUCUGUUCGGCUACUUGCUGUCGAGGGUUGUGCAGCUCUAGGAAAAUUAUUGGAGCCACAAGAUUGUGUUGCACAUAUUCUCCCUGUCAUAGUCAAUUUUUCUCAGGACAAGUCAUGGCGUGUUCGUUACAUGGUUGCAAAUCAACUAUAUGAGCUAUGUGAAGCUGUUGGUCCUGAUCCCACCAGGUCAGAAUUGGUUCCUGCAUAUGUUAGGCUGCUGCGUGAUAAUGAGGCCGAAGUACGUAUUGCUGCAGCUGGGAAAGUAACUAAGUUCUCCCGCAUAUUAAAUCCUGAACUUGCCAUUCAGCAUAUUCUACCCUGCGUGAAGGAGCUAUCAACUGAUUCAUCUCAACAUGUUCGUUCUGCAUUGGCUUCCGUUAUAAUGGGAAUGGCACCGGUUUUGGGGAAGGAUGCAACAAUUGAGCAACUUCUGCCUAUUUUCCUUUCUCUUUUGAAAGAUGAAUUUCCUGAUGUAAGGCUAAAUAUUAUCAGCAAGCUUGAUCAAGUGAAUCAGGUUAUUGGUAUCGAUUUGUUAUCCCAGUCUCUGUUGCCUGCUAUAGUUGAGCUUGCUGAGGAUCGGCACUGGAGAGUUCGACUUGCAAUCAUAGAAUAUAUACCCUUGCUAGCAAGCCAAUUGGGUGUAGGCUUUUUUGAUGAUAAGCUCGGUGCUCUUUGCAUGCAAUGGCUAAAGGACAAGUUGGAAAGAAAUGCUAGAAUUUCUCGGGAAUGUUGCCAUGGAGUUGAUUUGGAUAGAGUUGUGCACUUAACUUCUUUGUGGUCUAAAGAACUUUCCAGUAGGAUUAUUGUUGAUAGAUCUUCUUCGGAGAGAUUGGCAUUCAGUUUACAUGUAUACUCUAUUCGUGAUGCGGCUGCAAAUAACAUCAAACGCUUAGCAGAAGAAUUUGGACCUGAUUGGGCAAUGCAGCACAUUAUUCCCCAGGUUUUGGACAUGGUUACUGAUCCACAUUAUCUGUAUCGGAUGACGAUCCUACAAGCAAUUUCUCUACUAGCUCCUGUUUUGGGCUCGGAGAUUACUUCUUCAAAACUGCUCCCUCUGGUCAUUAAUGCAUCAAAAGAUAGGGUACCCAAUAUCAAAUUCAAUGUAGCCAAGGUGUUGCAAUCUCUCAUCCCCAUUGUUGAUCAGUCUGUGGUUGAGAAUAGCAUCCGUCCGUGUUUGGUUGAGCUCAGUGAGGAUCCGGAUGUUGAUGUUAGGUUUUUCGCCUCUCAAGCACUACAAUCUAGUGAGCAAGUUCUUUGUAGUGAAAAAACAUUGUCCAGAAGUGAGAUGGGUUUUGACGACCACUAA